ACUAGACCAAUUAAUAGAAGGAUUAUGACAUACAAGCCAGGGAUGACCCAAAACAACAGGUGUAACAGGUGAACAAAAAAUCAAAAAAGAAAUGGUCUCACUGUGGUUACCAGAUACUGUUAGGGUUAAAGGUAGUGUCUCAUAUCUGAUACUGGGGAGAGGACUACCAUCUAAGGCGAACAUGGGUGUGAGCCUCCCUAACUCUCUGAGAGGAAUGUCAUGUUUCCGAGCCCAUGCUUCGUCCAUAAAACAACCCUCAGCCCCAGAGUCUAUCAAGGCACUGCAGGAAGCAGCCGACCCGGUCCAGCGUAGAUGGACCGACAAGGUAGUACAGGAUCUUGAUGGAGAGACCUGAGUAGUAGCGCUCACCAGUAGCCCUCCGCUUACUGAUGAGCUCUGGCCUUUAACUGGACAUGACAUGACAAAAUGUCCAGCAGAACCGCAAUAGAAGCAAAGGCGGUUGGUGAUUCUCCGUUCCCUCUCCUUAGUCGAGAUGUGAAUACCUCCCAGCUGCAUGGGCUCAGUCUCUGAGCCGAUGGAAGGAGAUGGUUGAGAUGCGGAGAAGGGAAACCCCGUUAACGCGAGCUCUCUUCCACGAGCUCGGUGACGAAGAUCUACCCGUCGUUCUAUGCGGAUGGCGAGUGCAAUCAAAGAGUCCACGCUGGAAGGAACCUCCCGGGAGAGAAUCUCAUCCUUAACCUCAGCGUGGAGUCCCUCCAGAAAACGGGCGAGCAACGCCGGCUCGUUCCAGUCACUGGAUGCAGCAAGAGUACGAAACUCUAUAGAGUAAUCCGUUAUGGAUCGAUCACCUUGACAUAGGGAAGCCAGACCCCUGGAAGCCUCCUACCCAAAAACUGAACGAUCAAAGACCCGUAUCAUCUCCUCCUUAAAGUUCUGAUAAACGUUAGAACACUCAGCCCUUGCCUCCCAGAUAGCUGUGCCCCACUCCCGAGCCCGCCCAGUAAGGAGUGAUAUGACGUACGCGAUCCGAGCUCUCUCUCCAGAGUAUGUGUUGGGCUGGAGAGAGAACACAAUAUCACACUGGGUGAGAAAGGAGCGACACUCAGUGGGCUGCCCAGAGUAACAUGGUGGAUUAUUAACCCUAGGUUCCGGAGACUCGGAAGACCAGGAAGUAGCUUGUGGUACGAGACGAAGACUCUGAAACUGUCCUGAGAGAUCGGAGACCUGAGCGGCCAGGGUCUCAACGGCAUGACGAGCAUCAGACAAGUCCUGCUCGUGUCUGCCGAGCAUUGCUCCCUGGAACUUGACGGUAGUGUUGAGAGAAUCCAUAGUCGCUGGGUCCAUUCUUGGUCGGAUUCUUCUGUUAUGCUGAUGAAGGAGGACCCAAAAGCGACGUAAUAGAAACAGAGUCUUUAUUCCAGUCUUAAACAAACAAUGAUGUUCCUGGAUAUUAUCCAAAGGUAAUCCAAAACAGGAAACUGAAAACCUCUUGUCAGAAGAGAGGAACGACUGGAGACGCGACCACCAACUGCAGGUCGCUUCAGGAAGGCACAGACCGUAGCUGACAUAGACACCUGCUCACACGCAACAUCUGACAAAAGCAAAAAACACAACAGGGCGGAACAAGGACACUGAGCAGCUAACCUCAAACAAGAAUCCGACAAAGACAGAAGCAGAAAACAGAGGGAGAAAUAGGGACUCAAAUCAGAGGGCAAAAUAGGGGACAGGUGUGAAAGAGUAAAUAAGGUCGUUAGGAGAAUGAGAACCAGCUGGGAGCAAGAACGGAACGAUAGAGAGAGAGAGCGGGAGAGGGAAAAAAGGGAGGAGGAGAGAGAGGAAUAGAAAGAGGGAAAGAACCUAAUAAGACCAGCAGAGGGAAGCACAGGGACAAGACAUGAAGAUCAAAGACAAAACAUGACAGUUCUAGAAUGUAUUUAGUGUUUUCAUUUUAUCAGACACUCUUAUCCAGAUUGAGUGACAGUAGUUAGUGCAUACAAUUUUGUACUUGUGUUCCCCCCCCCCCCUCCCUCAUGGGAAUCAAACCCACUAACCUGGUUGUGGCAUUACAAGCGGUGUGCUCUACCAACUGAGUCACAUAGGUGUUCAUGUGGUAUGGCAACCCAGAUGGCACACUUUUCUCUUAUUUAUUUAUUUAGUUUCAUAUACUGCACUAAUUUAACAUAGUGGUGGUCCUGUGUUGCUUAGUUGGCAGAACAUGGUGCUUGCAACGCCGAGUAUCAUGGGUUUGAUUCCCGCUGGGCCACCCAUACAAAAAAUAAAUGCAUGCAUGAUUUGGAUAAAAGUGUCUGCUAAAUGGCAUAUAUAUUAUUUUACAUGGAUAAGACCAGGAUUACUCAACUAUGGACUGGAAUACCCCACUCUGCCUCCAAGGUGUCUAGUUAGACACCUACUUCUGCAUAAACUAUCUCUGUUUUAUUACAUUUUUUGUCAUUUAGCAGACACUCUUAUCCAGAGGAACUUACAGUAGUGAGACCAUACAUGUUCAUACUGGUUCCCUGUGGGAAUCAAGCCAACAACCCCGGCAUUGCAAACGUCAUGCUCUACUACCUCUUUUCUGUCUCUGUCCGUCUGUCCGUCUGUCCGUCUGUCUGUCUGUCUGUCAGUGAAGGUCUCAGUGAGUAUGUGGAGGGGUUAACAUGGCGCCAGGUGAAUCACCAGGUUGUGCUGAAUCACAGAUUACAGAGCAAGCAAGCCAAGCUUAUGGAACCAGUGAGGACUGACGUGCUGACUGUAACCCCAUGGCUGGCUCCUAUAGUCUGGGAGGGGACCUUCGACCCCCUGGUCAUAGACGAGGCCUUCAGGUCCCACAACCUCACCAUCGCUACCACUGUGUUUGCUGUAGGGAAAUACAUUCGUUUUCUCCGUGACUUCUUAGAGUCAGCUGAGAAGCACUUCAUGGUGGGGCUGGAUGUGCACUACUACGUGUUCACCGACCUGCCCGGCGAUGUGCCUAGCAACCUGACUCUUGGUGUCGGCAGGAUGCUCAGCAUCGUGAGGGUGCCGAAGUUCGAACGCUGGCAGGAGAUAUCCCUCCGCCGCAUGGAGCUCAUCCAGACUGCCAUUGAGGAUCGCAUCCACCGGGAGGCGCACUACAUCUUCUGCCUGGAUGUAGACAUGAGGUUUCAUGGCCGUGUGGGGUCCGAGGCGCUGGGGAGACUGGUGGCCGCCAUCCACCCCUGGUUCUACAUGCACCCCCGGAGCCAGUACCCCUACGAGCGGCGUACCGUCUCCACAGCCUCUGUACCCCAGGACCAGGGUGACUUCUACUACCAGGCCAACAUAUUCGGAGGAGCGCUGGAGGAUGUUCAUAGGCUGACCAAGACGUGCAGGGAGCACCUGGAGGUGGAUAAGUCUGUGGGUGUGGAGGCUGUGUGGCAGGAGGAGAGUCAUCUGAACUGGUACCUGGUGAAGAAUAAGCCCACCAAGCUGCUGUCACCUGAAUAUGUGUGGGACGACACUAAAGGAGGGAACGCCGAGGAGAUUAAACUGGUCCGCUUCUCCUCUGUCAUCAAGAACAAGGCAGAGGUCAGGGAGAACCCAUGAGAGGAGAAGAGAAUGUUGCUGGAAUGGAUAGCAGAAAUGUUUUACGAGCUCCUGAUCAAUUCUGCUGUUUUGUGUUUUUUUUAACACUGAUCUUGAUAUACAUCUUGAUAUCACUGAUAAAACUUUUUGUUUUAUAUAAUGUUUCCGCUAUCGUUUCCUAUAACCGAAAAGAUGUCUGUAUGUAAUUUGGGUUGUGGACCAUUCUUGAUACACACAGGAAACAGUUGAGCGUGAAAAACCCAACAGAGGUGCAGUUGUUCACACACUCAAACCGGUGCGGCUGGAACCUUCUACCAUACCUCGUUCAAAGACAUACAUAAUCCAUGUUUCAAUUGUCUCAAGGCUUGAACAUCCUUCCUUAACCUGUCUCCUCUCCUUCAUCUACACUGAUUGUCGUGGAUUUAACAAGUGACAUCAAUAAGGGAUCCUAGCUUUCACCUAGUCAGGCUGUCAUGAAAAGAGCAUGUGUUCCUAAUGUUUUGUUUACUCGGUGUAUAGCUGGUUCUUUUUUGCAUCGGCAGGACAGAAAUGUUGCGUCGGGGAAGCUCAGGGGAAGGGUUGUGUGUGUCUUUGUUAACAACAGCUGGUCUGCCAUCUCUAAUAUUAAGGAAGUCUCAAGGCUCUGCUCGCCUGAGUUAGAAUACCUCAUGAUAAGCUGUAGACCAUACUAUUAAACUCUCUUUCAUCCA